AUGUCGUUCUUCGCCAAAUUAGGAUCAGACUCCGAUUCAUCCUCUUCCUCCGGAUCAGACUCUGAGGAAUCCAUCUUGUCUGGAGAUGAGGGUUUAGCCCAAGAUAGGAAAUUGGCAGAGGCCAAGAAGACGAAGAAUAAAGCUUCGAUGUUUUUGAGGAGUGAUGCGGAGGAUAGCGAUGAGGAGAGUGAAGAGGAUAGUGACGAGGAUGAGGAAGAGUUGAGUGAUAGUGAGGAUGAGAGAGCGGCCCGAGGAAACAAAUUCUUGAUGGGUGCAGACUCUACUGACGAAGAGGAAGAAGAGGAAGAUAAGACCAUAGUGUUGAGUGCCAAGGAUAAGCGAUUCGCCGAAAUGGAAGCUGCUAUCCACAAUAUCACCAAUGCUACUCGAAACAACGACUGGGUAUUAGCUUCCACAGAAUUAGACAAGGUAUUCAGGUUCAUCCAACGACAUCAAGUUACAGUCGUCGCUACCACCGUCUCAGCCGCUGGACAUAUCCCACCUCGAUUUUUGGAAAUCUUAGUCUCCUUGGAGAAAGAUGUCAACGAAACUAUUGCUUCUGAAAAAUCAGCCAAGAAGAAGAUGGCUCCUGCCAAAGCCAAGGCAUUGAACGGUUUGAAGCAAACUUUGAAGAAGAAGCAAAAGGAAUUCGAGGCUGUACUCAAAACCUACAUCGAAGACCCAUCAGCUUACACUGCUGCUUACGAAGCUGCCAAUGCCGCUCCUGCACCUAAGAAGGUAGCUAAGAAAGUUCAAAUUGCCGAUGGGGGUGAGGAUCAAGAUCAAAAUGAAGAUUUCAUGACUAUCGGUAAAGGUGGUAAAGCUCUUAACCUAACUCCUGAAGGUGUAUUCAAAACUCUUCGAGAAAUCUUCGAACAACGUGGAAGAAAGAACACCGAUCGAGCCGAAACUAUCAAGAUCUUAUCUAAGCUGCUCGAGGUUUCCGAAACCACCUAUCAAAAAAUCAGAGUUCUCCUUGCCCUUGUUCCCGCACGAUUAGAUUACUCUCAAAAUCUCGCUCAUAUCCCCCAUGAUUCCUGGGUACUGGGCUUGAACGAGCUCGAUCAACUUGUCACUUUACUUUUGGAUAAUCCCGAUUACGUCGUUCAAGAGACGGUAGGGGAGUACGACGAUCUCGUCGAGAGGGAACCUCAAGUGGUCAAUGGAAAGAAGGAAAGAGUCACUGUAGCAGGUAGUUUGAUCAGUCUUUUGGAGAGUUUGGACAAUGAGUUCACCAAAACUCUCCAACACACUGACGCUCACGAGAAGGGAUCCGACUACAUUGAGCGAUUGAGACAGGAAGCACCCCUCUACACCCUCAUCGCCAAAGCCCAAUCUCUCUUCGAACGUGAAGCGACCACCGACUCCACUGCUCGAGCUGUCAUUAGACGAUUGGAACAUGUUUACGCUAAACCCAACAUCAUUAUCGAACAUUUCGAAUCAAAAAUACCAUCUAGUCUCCAAUCCAAGAUCGUUCCUACAGAAACCAAGAGAGAUGCCGAGGGACUCAUCCACGAUUUGUGUGUCUACAUCUACGGUUCCGACGCUCCUGUCUUACGUGCUCGAGCCAUACUCUUCCACAUCUUCAACCAUGCUUCUCACGGACGAUAUCACCAAGCCCGAGAUCUCUUACUCAUGUCCCACUUGCAAGAUACCAUCCAACAUGCCGACGUCACCACUCAGAUCCUUUACAACCGAGCUAUCAUGCAAUUAGGUCUCGCCGCAUUCAAGCUCGGUUACGUCACUGAAUGUCAGACGAUCCUCGGUGAUAUGUUUGCCACUCAACGACAGAAGGAGUUACUUGCUCAAUCGGUUCAAAGGUAUCAACAGCAAUUAUCGCCUGAGCAAGAAUUGAUCGAGAAGAGACGAUUGCUCCCCUUCCAUAUGCACCUCAACGUCGAAUUGCUCGAAGCCGCAUACUUGACUUCGUGCAUGUUGAUUGAAGUCCCUCUCUUAGCUUCGGUCGAUACUGAGGAACAAAGACGUCGAGUGACGUCUAAGGUCUUCAAGAGAUUGUUAGAUCUUGCUGAUAGACAAGCUUUCAUGGGUCCCCCCGAAAACACCCGAGACCAUAUAAUCAAAGCUUCAAAGGCUUUGCAAGCUGGAGAAUGGGAGAAGGCAAGGGAUUUGAUCUUGUCAAUCAAGAUUUGGUCGUUGUUGGAGAAUGUCGACCAGGUCAAGGAUAUUUUGGCAAAGAAAAUCCAAGAAGAAGGUCUACGAACCUACUUAUUCACCUAUUCAUCAUACUACGCUUCCCUUUCCCUUUCACACCUCGCUACAACAUUCUCAUUACCUCAACAGACCGUCACUUCCAUAAUCUCCCGAAUGAUCUAUACCGACGAAUUACCUGCUUCCCUAGACCAGAUUGACAAAGUGGUGAUCUUCCAUCGAGUUGAUCAAUCGGAAGUUCAACGAUUAGCUCAACAGUUGGCCGAAAGGACCUCAUCGUUAUUGGAGCAGAAUGAGAAGACCCUAGAUUUGAAAUUAGGAUCAAACCAGCAGAAUACAAAUGAUCAACGAUCGGGUCAAACGACCUCUGCAGGUCAGGAGGGUGGUAAUAAGAAUGAGAGAAGGGGAAAUAACGGUCAGAGAGGCUCGUACAGAGGUAGAGGCGGUAGAGGUAGAGGUGGAUUUAAUGCUGGUUUGGGAUCGACAAUGGGUAGAAGAGUUACUGCUCAAUAA